GCGGGACUAGAAGUCGACCUUAUCGGCUACGCAGGGUCGCAGGUGCACCCCUCGGUGGCGGAGCAUCCGCGCAUUCACCUGCGCCUGCUGGGCAUGCCCUUCCCCAGCGGCCUCUCGCGCCCGCUCUACCUGCUGCUGCUGCCCAUAAAGCUCAUCGCCCAAGUGCUCUGCUUCCUCUGGGUGCUCUGCGUCGCCACGCCUCCCCCCGAUUUCUACCUUCUCCAGAACCCACCCACCAUCCCCACCUUCACAGUGGUGCGCUUCGCUGGGCUAGUGCGGCGGGCCUCAUUCGUCAUCGACUGGCACAACUUCGGAUUCACUCUCUUUGGCCUACGUUUCGGCCCCGCACACCCCCUCGUGAAGAUCCACAAGUGGUACGAGACCACCAUAGCACGCCAAGCAGCGGCACACAUAUGUGUGACUCGAGCCAUGCAGCAGGAGCUGGCGAACAACUGGGAUAUACGAGCCACUGUUCUGUACGACCGCCCGCCUGCCUUCUUCCGACCCAGCACCUUAGAGGAGAUGAGAGAGGUUCUGGGGCGCAUCGACCAAUCACUGCUCGACAGCUGUUUCUCCCCACCUGCACCCGGAACCACACAGUGGACUCUCAGACCAGACCGCCCUGCCCUUGUUGUCAGCAGCUCUAGCUGGACUGCAGACGAGGAUUUUGACGUGUUGCUAGAAGGAGCGCUCAUGUAUGACAGGCGCGUGGCAGCAAUGGCAGGCGAGGGGGAGUUUGGAGGAGAGGGAGGAGGCGAGGGGGAACGAGGUGCUGCUGUUGGCGUUCCUCUGCUGGAUUGCAAAAAAGCCGAUGGGAUAUCAGCGUCGGCAGUGGCAGCAGAAGCAGCAACAGCAGCAGCAGCAGCAGCAGGGGCAGCAGGAGUGGGAGGAGAUUCGUCUAGUGCAGGGUCAAGAAAAGAAGGGGAAGGAGAGGGCGAGCGGGGAGGGGCGGUGACGACAGGAGCAGCAGGAGUGGGAGCAAGUGGAGGGAGGUUGAAAUCUGGAGCCAAGUUUCCCACCCUGGCGUUUAUUGUCACGGGCAAAGGAGCCCUCCGAUCGCACUACGAAGCAAAGAUGCGACGGCUCAGAUUGCGCCACGUGUCGUUCCGAACCGCAUGGCUUGCUCCGGAGGAUUACCCGAGGCUGCUAGGCUCGGCGGACCUGGGCGUGUCCCUCCAUACCUCGUCCUCAGGCUUGGAUCUGCCUAUGAAAGUGGUGGACAUGUUUGGGUGCGGCCUUCCCGUCUGCGCCAUCUCCUAUUCCUGGUGA